AUGAGUCAAUCCAGCAUUCUGGACCGACUUUCAUCGCUCGACACCAAUACCGUGUCGGAUGCCUUAGAUUUCCUCGGCCUCAAAGGAGCUACAUACGGCCUACGACCACUCUGGGACUGCCCGAAGAUUGUUGGACGUGCUAGCACAGUGAAAGUAGGGCCUAAAACGUAUGCUGCACCCACAACACAUCUUCUCACCCCGGUCAUCGAUGCGGUAACGACCGAUGAUCGCAUUCUUGUCAUAUCUGGCGGCAUAGAUGGUGUCUCAUGCUGGGGCGACAUCAUCGCCAAUGCAUCGAAGCAGAAGCGUAUCCGUGGAACCAUUAUCGAUGGCAUGAGUCGUGACAUCGACGGCAGCCGCGACGUCGGUUAUCCCGUCUACGGCCGUGGGGUCACCAUGAUCAGCGCGCGCAACCGCUUGGUGCAGGUGGACUCCGGCACGCCGCUGCAGGUGCGAGGCGUCACGGUCCACCAGGACGACUAUGUAAUUGCCGAUCGAUGCGGGACAGUUUUCGUCCCAGCUCAGCGCAUUGAGGAAGUCCUAGAGCUUGGUGAGCGGAUCGAUCGUCGCCAGACCCGGAUGGUUGAGGCCGUUCGAGCCGGCCAGCCUGUGUCUGAGGUCAUGCACGACAAGCAAUUCGAAGCGAUUCGCGAAGGUACACCGUCCCAGACCGCCGCACUACCCAACAACCGAAAUCCCAAGCAACCUAGUGCCGAGGAUCAAGAGUUGGUAGCCCUGUUCGCAGACUCAGACACCCCUGGGGUCUCUGAUGCACUUGAUAAACUUGGCAUUCCUGGACAGGCGUUCGGUGUCAUGCCUUUGGCCGAUUACAAAAAGGUGACCGUCGGGCCGGCCUUCACUGUUCGUUACGUGCCCGCCAGCGACCCGCCAGGGAGUGUGGGUGAUUUCAUUGACGAGGUGGCCAUAGGCGAUGUCGUAGUCAUUGACAACGGUGGUCGCACGGAUUGUACUGUCUGGGGUGAUAUAAUGACUCAGUACGCUGGCUUACGAGACAUCGCUGGAACUGUUAUUGACGGUGUGUGCCGCGAUGUGAACCGUGCGAUUGACGACGACUACCCACUCUUCACCGCUGGACGUUGGAUGCGAACCGGCAAGGAUCGGGUUCAAGUCGGGGGUGUCAACGAGUCGGUCGGCAUCGGUAGGGUACGGGUCAACCCUCGCGACAUCGUUGUCGCCGAUGCCAACGGUGUUGUUAUUGUCCCGCGAGAUCGAGCCCGUGAGGUGGCGGAAGUCGCACGAAAGAUCGAGAAGAGUGAAGCCGGCAUUCGGGAAAUGAUCACUGGUGGUGCUACAAUCGCCGAAGCGCGAGAGAAGCUAGGCUAUCACACCCUGCAGCGCAAGGGAUAA